UUAAAGAAGAAUAAGAAGCAUACCGGUAGUUCCUAGAUAAUUAGAAGACAACAACGCUGUCUACUGUGUUAAAAUCACUAGUCUCAGUGUUUAUAUAACCGUUAUCGUCACCAAAGCUUAUACUUUAUUCUGGGAAAUAUGUCAGUAACCCCAGAUUUGAUUCGUGAAAAACUGAGUGCGGAGAUUGGCGCGAUACACGUGGAUGUAGAAGACACGACUCCUAAUAGAUGUGCUGCCAGUUUUAAAGUUCUUGUAGUAUCUCCUCAGUUUGAGGGGAAACCAUUGUUGCAGAGACACAGGUGA